AUGGUUGGUAGAGACGGAGAUCGCAGUCGUGGUCAUGGUCGUGGCCGUGGCCGUGGCCAAGGUCGAAAGGGGAGGCCUAGGCUUUCUACUGGUCAGCCCCUUGACUUGCAUACGGAUCCAUACUCUCUUGUUGGGUCAUCAUCUGACACGACUGCUCUGACCAAUGGGAGACCGCCACCUGUUGCUACUACUACCCCCUCCCGUCAAGAGCCUCAGAUACAGAUGAUGCCUACUCCGGGUGUGCCAAUAUCAUGCACUCAACAAGCCAAUGAACCUUCCAACACUGCCUCACAUGGUGUGCAGAGUAAUCCAGCUAUUGGUCAAGGAACAUCCACUGCCACUGGUCACUCCAGCACAAGUGCUCCGAAGCUCAGAUAUGAUGGUGCCAAAUGUUGGCACCCACAUAAGCCUGGAUUGAAGCGUAUUUCUCAGGUUUUUAGGAAAAACUACAAUAAGCCUUGGCUGAGUUUUGAUGAGGCAGAUGAUGAUACUCGAAAAAUAUGGUGGACUAAGUGGAGGAAAUGCUUUGACAUUAUUAAUACGGAGGAGGAUAAUAUCUAUCAAGCUUGGAGGUUUAGGGCUGCCAAGCGCUUGCGAGGUAUGCUCCAUGCCAUUCGCAAAAAAGGUGCCCGUCCAUAUUGGAUCCCACCAGAAGUUCUUGGUGAAUUGAUGAGACGUUGGAACACUGAUGCCUAUAGACAAUUACAGACAAGAAAUACAGCUGCCAGGAAAUCAACUCAAGGUACUUCCCUUCAUACUACAGGAGGCACCACCUUUCCAGAAGCGAGAUUACGCUUACACACUCAUACUCGUAAAGAGGAUAGGACUCAAUGGGUUGAUGAACACUCUCGAAAGACAAAGGAUAUAUUUCAAGAGCGUAUGUUUCAGGCUGAGCAAGAGCGGCAGGCUGCUAUAGAGGCUGGUGUAACUGAUCCACCGCCUGUCUCUGAGGAUAGCAUAUGGAUUGAGACAGUGGGUGAAAAACGAAGAGGUAGGGUAUAUGGUAUGGGUGAGGUAAGGGACUCUUCCAUGGUGCGGCCUCGAGUUGAUGGGUCAACCACGACCACCAGCGCUGAUGUUUUGGAUCUUAGAGAACGAAUCAUAAUACUCAAUAGGGAAGUUGAACAACAUGCUGCUAAAUAUAGAGAGCUUGAAGACCGCUAUCAAAGGGAGAAAAGAGAGUGGCAACAGACUAUUGAAUCUUUGCGUGAGGAUCUCAACACCAGUAACUCACAGAUGGAUCAAUUUAGUCAUCAGUUGAGCAGUUUGACUGAGUAUGUGAGAGCCAUGGGUCCUAGUAGUUCUAGACAUGUGUUCUCCCACCUCCUCCUUUUACUUUCCCAAGCUCUCAGAAAAGCACAGCCCGAGUCCCAGUCCCAACCCCAGCCCCAGGUAGAAAACUCCCACCUAUUCUGCAGCGACCAGGACAACCACAGAGUUCUCAAAGGGAGGAUGAUUCUGACGAUUUUGAUGACUCAGAUGAUUAUUUAG